GUUCCAAAACCAUCAGAUUAUGAUAUUCCCUACAUUAGUGUAAUUUUAGAAACAAAGGAUGACGUAAAUAUUCGUGCUUAUGUUUGUAAAAGAACCGAUGAUGCUAGCACAAGGCCUACCAUAUUAAUGUUUCAUGGAAGUGGUGGUAAUAUGGGCCAUAGAUUACCAAUUGCAGAAAAAUUUUAUAAGAAUUUCAGAUGUAAUGUUAUGCUAGUCUCUUACAGAGGAUAUGGUAAAAGUGACGGAUCUCCUUCUGAAAACGGACUUCGUCUGGAUGCGCAGGCAGCAUUGGAUUAUAUUAAGCAAGAUCACAUAUUAAAAAAUACGAAAUUAAUAAUAUAUGGACAAUCACUUGGCGGAUCUGUAGCAAUCGAUUUGGUGUAUAGGAAUGAAUCUAAAGUUGAUGCGCUGAUUAUUGAAAAUACUUUUUUGAGUAUUCCAAAAGUGAUUCCUCACAUAAUCCCAAAACUUCGUUAUUUAACCUUCAUCUGUUCUGAAAUUUGGCCAUCUGAUAGUUAUAUAGCAAAGCUUCGAACAGUUCCAAUUUUAUUUCUUUCAGGUUCAAAUGAUGAACUUGUUCCACCUCAACAUAUGAGAACUUUAUAUGAAUUGACCAAUACUAGCGGUGGAAAAAUGUUUCAGGAAAUAACGAAUGGGUCGCAUUACGAUACUGUUUCACAACCAGAGUAUUUUUCAAAAAUUGGAGAGUUUUUUAUAAAAAUGUUGGGUGAAGAAUUCUGUUAG